UCAAAGUACGAGGCUCCGCCCCCGCCGACUCCUGAAACCCUGAGGGAAACGGACCGAGUGGGUUUUAAAAGACAAUAACGGGUGAGAAAAAACUACUAAAUUAGAUAUUUCGAAUGAGAACACAUUAAUUCGGGUUUUAAUAUUACUCCGGAGAAAGCUUCAAAGUUUCCCCAGUUCUGUGAAGACAGGCGCAUUUGUGACACUGCGAGAGUCGAGAUUAAGGAUGGAUGAAAUGCGGCCUAGCAGCGGCGCGCACCUCGGCCUCGCGUCGAUCUUUCCCCCAGGGCUGCAGGCCAUCUACGGGGAGUGCAGGCGCCACUACCCCGACCAACCAAACCCGCUGCAGGUCACCGCCAUCGUAAAAUACUGGUUAGGGGGGCCAGAUCCCCUGGACUACAUUAGCAUGUACAGAAACAUGGGAUGCCCUGCCUUGGACGUACAGGAACAUUGGCACUACGUUAGCCUUGGCCUGAGUGAUCUGUAUGGAGACAACAGAGUUCACGAAUUCACUGGUCAGGAAGGGCCAAGUGGUUUUGGUUUUGAACUAACAUUUCGUCUGAAGAGAGAGGCUGGGGAGACUGCACCCCCCACCUGGCCUGCUGAACUUAUGCAGGGUUUAUCCCGAUACGUCUUCCAAUCAGAAAACACAUUCUGCAGUGGUGAUCACAUCUCAUGGCACUGCCCACUAGACAACAGUGAAUCUCGAAUCCAGCACAUGCUGCUCACAGAGGACCCUCAAAUGCAACCAGUACAAACCCCUUUUGGAAUUGUCAGUUUCCUUCAGAUUGUGGGGGUGUGCACAGAGGAGCUGCAAGCAGCACAGCAGUGGAAUGGUCAAGGCAUUCUGGACCUGCUGCGUGGAGUGCAUGUUGCUGGAGGUCCAUGGUUAAUCACUGACAUGAGAAGAGGGGAGACCAUAUUUGACAUUGAUCCUCACUUGCAACAGGAGAGGGUGGAUAAGGGCAUAGAGACAGACGGCUCUAACUUGAGUGGCGUCAGUGCCAAGUGUGCCUGGGAUGACCUGAGUCGACCUCCUGAGGAUGAGGAUGACAGCCGAAGCAUCUGUAUCGGAUCACAGCCUCGCAGAUUGUCUGACAAAGACACUGAACAGAUCAGAGAAGCCCUGAGGAAGGGAUUGGAGAUUAAUAGCAAGUCUGUCUUACCCCCCAUUAACAGUCAGAGACACAAUCAAGACCGGCCACUACAAUCAGUUGGACAUUUGCAGAGCAAGCAGAACUCAAGAAGCCGUAAGGACAGUCUGGAGAGUGAGAGCUCUGCUGCUAUUGUUCCUCAUGAGCUGGUGAGAACGCGACAGCUGGAGAGUGUGCACCUUAAGUUCAACCAGGAGUCUGGAACUCUGCUCCCACUGUGCCUUAGAGGACGUCUGCUCCAUGGAAGGCACUUCACAUAUAAAAGUAUCAAUGGUGACACAGCUAUUACUUUUGUAUCCACUGGAGUGGAAGGUGCCUUUGCCACAGAGGAACAUCCAUAUGCUGCACAUGGACCAUGGCUACAGAUUCUAUUUACUGAAGAGUUUGUUGAGCAGAUGCUUGCUGACAUUCAGGAUCUGAGCAUGCAUGAAGAGUCAAAGCUACCAAAGGAGUACAGCUGGCCUGAUAAAAAGCUGAAGAUCUCGGUCCUACCUGAUACAGUGUUUGACAGCCCACUGCAAUAAAACAGAGACUUUGUGACUACCCCCACACCUCUAAAGAAAAGAACUGAGCCACAGGGCUCCAGUGAGACUCAUGCCUACACAGUUGGAGGACAAGGACACGUAGACACUACACUACUUCACUUCUUCUCAAACACCUAUUGGCACAAGAUACUGAAUAUGCCGCCUUCUCCAGGCAUUGAGUGCAGUAUACCACUUGACAUUUGAUCAAUGGACAGGCCAUAACCUUCUCAUUUUCAUAGAUAUGCUCAUAUAUAUGGUGCCUAGAGCCUCCAUAGAUGCUUUCACUUACAAAAGGAUUAGAUUGAAAAAAAAAACAAAAGGACCUAAAUCGUAUCUUUUUAAGUGCUACAUAUACACUACAUUGAUAUCAAUGAAAUACUCCUCUAUUGAUUAUUUCAGAGUGCUGAACAGGAAAGUAUUAUAUAAAAGAGAAACGAAGUCAUAUAUAUUUACAUGGUUCAAGGAUUGAGUGCACAGUUCAUAGUCUUCCCAGAAUGUCUUCUGUGAAUGAGGGUUAAUGCAAUUUGUGUUCUAAGAAAUAACUGACUUCUCUUUAAUGAUUCCUUUCAAAUAUCAUGGUGAAAUAUUGUAUCAAAAUUUUAGAACAUGAUGUUUCUAUAAGAAAACUAUCACAUCUAAUGGUUAAAUAUGCCAAAGGUCUAUUUGCUAAGAUGUUAGUGAUAAAAAUAGACUGUCAAUCAAGAUGAGCUAAUGAAUUCGACUUCAUCAUUUUCAGUAAUGUAGCCUUGGAAAAAAACAUUACACACUCGGUUCCUUGUUCAAGAUGCAUUUUGUAGGAAAUAGUGUGAUGUUUGUUUAUUUUCUUUAGAAACAAUUUUUUGCUGCUGGUCUGUGGUGUAUGAACUUUGCUUGCUUCUCUUGUGAAGGAAACACUAACAAAUCAAACUACAGCAGACCGACCCUUUUAUCUUUGGUUAAACACACUAGUGCCUAUCUGAAGAUAUUGUAAGCACACUGUCUUUUAAUUUGAUAUUAGCUGUGAGACUCUUCCUCUAUACCAAAGUCAGUAUUUAACUUGCAUUCUCUUACAUACGAUGCACAUAUGUUGUAGCCCUUUUUGCCUGGUUCUUCCUGAUUCCUUUAACCAUUUCACAAGUAAUGGUUAACAUUUCCACCUGACAUUCCUCUUCUGUUCCACGUCUUCUGUUGGAUGCAAACUAAGGAGCUCAAUCAGUAAGUUUUUUUUAAAGAGAUGAGUUUAAAUAUAGUGUAUUGUCUUUUUAUAUUUGUUUGAAUCACUAAACUGCCUGUUACCCUUAAGUGCAUUAAAAUCUAUUUACAUUGAA